UUAGAGAAAUCCAAAACACACACGAGUGUAGCACAGUUUGAUUUGUAGUCUCCGAAAUUCUUAUCGGACCACCUGGGCACCCCUGCCCCCUCCCCGUGUCAGUGAUGAGUGGCCGCGACGAUGCUCGCCGAACCUGGCAGCUAAAUCCAUCUCAGGCAACUGAGCUGUGGGGAAGACCCAAUACUUGCGGCCAGGAGCUGAGCAGCGUUGAGUGCUGGCUGCUGCAUCCGGUGGCCAGGGAGGACACCAUGGCCAGUCUGGCGCUCAAGUACGACACGAGCAUCGGCAAGAUCUGCAGGGCCAAUCGCAUGCAGUGGCAGGACGUGCUGCUGGCGCGUCGCCACGUGUGGGUGCCCGUCCGCCUGCAGCGGGACACGGCAACAGCCACUGAGCUGACCAAACGGCUGGGUAACGGGCCGCAUCCGACGCACUGCCAUCGCCAGAGUUCGGCCAACACGGACGACUUUGCCAGGGAUCGGGACCCAUUGCUGAUCACCAACCAGCCGCAAUUCGAUUGAGUAAUAAACCGGAUGCUGGGCCCUGGGCACUCCGAUAACU